AUGUCUUUGUGGGUUGAUAAGUACCGUCCCAAAUCUUUGGACACCCUUUCCCACACUUCUCGCCUUACACACCUUCUGCAAUCGCUCGCGGUAGAGCCAAGAGAUCUUCCACAUCUUUUGUUUUAUGGACCCAAUGGCGCGGGAAAGAAGACCCGAUGCAUGUCACUUUUGCAGUCGAUCUUCGGGAGCGGCGUCUAUAAGCUUAAGAUUGACGUUCGACAGUUUACGACACCAUCAAACCGUAAGCUCGAGUUAAACGUGGUUUCCAGUCCGUUCCAUCUGGAAUUGACACCAAGUGACAUGGGAAACAACGACCGUGUGGUAAUCCAGGAGCUGCUCAAGGAGGUGGCUCAGAUGGAACAAGUCGAUUUUCAAUCAGGAUCUGCAGCCGAAACCGGUGGUCUGGCACAUAGAUAUAAGUGCGUAAUCAUCAACGAAGCAGAUUCUCUUACACGCGACGCACAGGCAGCGCUAAGAAGGACAAUGGAGAAGUACUCCCAAAACAUACGAUUCAUCAUGCUGUGCGAGUCCAUGUCGUCCAUAAUUGCUCCCAUAAAGUCGCGUUGUCUGCUAGUGAGGACCCCGGCACCAAAUGUGCAGGAAACUGUUGAAAUUUUAUCAAAAGUUGCCAAAGAUGAGCAUGUCUCGGUGGAAAACGAUGCUAUUUUAACCUCUAUUUCAGACAGCUGCGGCGGGAACUUGAGGAAAGCACUUUUAACGCUGGAGUCCAUGGCACUUAACAACGAAAUGGCUUUGAAGUCGACUUCGCCGAUUAUCAGGCCCGACUGGAUGGUUGUUAUCUUGAAAAUGGCCAAUCGUAUAAUUAAAGACCGUUCAGUGUCCCAAAUAGUGGAAUGUCGGUCGACUCUUUACGACCUCUUGGCACACUGCAUCCCAGCAAAAGUCAUCAUUCAAGAGCUCACGUUAGCACUUAUGAAUGAAAUACGCCAAGAUGAACAGAAAUUGGGAGUAAUAACUUGGGCAAGCGUCUUCGACGAAAGGCUGUGUCUAGGAAACAAACCUAUUUAUCAUCUCGAAGGAUUCAUCGCAAGGGUGAUGUGCGAACUGGACACUUAA